AUGUGGAGCAGCGUCGCCAAGAACCACGAGACGGUCGCUGCCAACCUGCAGGCCAGCCUCGAGCAGGUCCUCCGGGAAGCCGCCGCUGUCCCCGAACCCCAGGAGGGCUACGGUGACACCGACGAUGAUGCCCACUCGGGCUCUUUCGCGGAUGCUCCGGCGCCUCUGGAGGUCGAUGCUCGCCGGCGUCGGAAGGGGACCUGCCAGGCGUGCGGGCAUGGGAAGGCUUGCGUUCUGCUGCUCCCCUGUAGGCACCUUUGCUUAUGCAAGGUCUGCGAGUCGACGGUCGACGCGUGUCCUGUAUGCCACUCCGCCAAGAACUGCUUCAUCCGAGUAUUUAUAUCGUAA